AUGCACGCCGCCACCGCCGUAAUUUCGCUCAUUACCUUUGUUACAAGCAUCUGUGCAGCUCCCAUACCUACGAAAGCGGCAGCUCGAGCUGUGCCUGAUAUCAGUGAAGUGGCCCGAAAUCCGGCACCUAUCGAUAACAGAGUUCACUGGGAGGACGGAAAACCUUCGCUUGGUGAUGCUGACAAUGUUUCAUGGGAGGAUGUCCAAAAACUUAAAGAGCUUAUACACCAUUUAUCGGGAGAAACAUCAGGUGGGGCCGUCAGUCUUCAGACGCAUAAUGGUCUUGGGAGGGACAUAUCGCUACUUACCCAGAGUCAGCUGGCGGUGUAUCGAAAAGCCGAAUAUGCAAACAACCUUCUCUACAUCGCAACUUUGGGAUUUGCGAAGUUGUCUAUCAUCUCGCUGCUCAUGAUUCUCACGGCGUCAAAAACCCAUCGAAAUCUCGGUCUAUCGCUGGCUGGCUUCAUUGCACUCUGGACGGUGUUCUCAAUAUGUCUUGCAGCUUUCCAAUGCGGAACCACUGAGCCAUGGCGCUUCUUAGGGAACGAAGAGAUGUGUUUCAACAUUGUCUCCUUUUGGCGUUCGGUUGGUGCGAUCAAUAUCCUCACUGACCUGGCACUUACUGCUUUUCCCGUGCAUGUCGUCAUGACACUGCAAAUGAGCAUGAGUAAGAAGAUAACUAUCCUUACCUUUUUCGGUGCACGUUCGUUAGACAUCGUCGCGACUGCCGUCCAAAUGGUCUACCUCGACGGCUUCACCUCGCCCAAUCCUACCAAGGCACUCUGGAAAUGGACGCUCCUCGCUCAGAUUAUUGAGUGCAUCACCAUCAUUACAUCAUGCGUACCAUACAUACGACCCCUCCUUGAGUCGGUUCCAUCAGGUUUAUAUGCGAGUGACGAUCUACGCCGUCGAGGUACAUCGUCUGAGCAUGGGGUCUCCCGCAGUAAAAACAGCUCCUAUCAGCUAUCUAGUAUCGCCUCCAGAUUCGGUACCGGGAUUACGAGAUCAAGUAGAAAGAGCCUCCAUGCUGAAAACACUGGAAUCAAACGCUUCUUGCCAAUGUUUUCACAAGACAAGACUACGCAUGCAAAUUCUGCUUCUGGGAUACCUGGGGGUCCGAGACGCUUGGAUGGCGCAACCGAUGUUGAAAUUACAGCUGUGCAUCAUAGAAAUGUGGACGACAAGAGUUGGGAGACUGCGAGCACAGGAAGUCACUCUAAGAUCUUGAAGACGAUGGUUGUUAGCGCCGAGUGGGAAGAGGCGGAAGUUAAGGGGCACGAUGGUUCGAGCGACGAGAUUGAAAUUAUGCAUGGAGGCUAG